AAAACCCAACCCCCUCACCACCAUCUCAUCAUCACCAAGAACGCAAGAAACAAUUAGCUCGCCGGAUCAAACUAGCUAUAGAGAUUUACCACUGAUCCGUACUGAGAUGGCCAAGUUCGUCGUCGUCGCCGUGGUGUGCCUCGCGGCUCUCAUGGCUGUGGCCGUCGGCCAAGGCGAGGCAGAGCAGCAGAGGCUCAGGGACAUGCAGUGCCGGCAAGAGGUCCAGGAGAGCCCGCUCGACGCGUGCCGGCAGGUCUUGGACCGGCAGCUAACCGGCAGCAUGCGCUACAGAUUCGCCCCGUUCCGGUGGAGCACCGGGAUGCGGAUGCAGUGCUGCCAGCAGCUCCAGGACGUGAGCCGCGAGUGCCGCUGCUCCGCCAUCCGGCGGAUGGUGCGGGGCUACGAGCAGACCAUGCCGCCGCUGGAGGAAGGGUACUACGGCGAGUCGACGGGGUACUACGGGUACGGCGAGAUGGCUGGGCGACAACAGCAGCAAGGUGGAGGGUACUACGGCAAGGGCUGCCGCUGCGGUCAGACAAGAGAGGAAUACGGUGAAAGCUGCCAGCAACGGAGGGGAACGGGGUUCCCACAUCGCGCCGGCACCGGGCAGCAGAUCACCCGCGUGAGGCUGAGCAAGGUGCGGCAGUACGCCGCAGGGCUACCGAGGAUGUGCCUGAUGGAGCCCCAGGAGUGCAGCGUCUUCUCCGCGGGCCAGUACUACUAG